AAUGAAGCAAAAGCUGCUGAUCGUAGUUUUAAAGUGCACGUGGACCCAAAUGUUUCAGACGCGUCACCGAAACCAAUCGUUCAACGUUGGUUUGGGCAAGUUGGCACCUUUUCUUAAGAAGAUGCACACCGUCUCUUUCUCCCUCACCAUGCAACGCAGACAACAAUAUUAAAGAAACCAACAAGGUUUCUGCUGUUAUCUACUACGUUAAUGGCCAAGCAGGUUGUUCCUCCUCAAUCUCACCCAUAUGCCUUUCAUGUCUCUGGCCCUCGCAAUUUCACUUCCCUCAAUUGGAGGGACCUUAUUGUUUCAAGUUGGAAGGAUGCAAAUUACAAGAAAACUGUGAUUGCCUGCUUUGUACAGGCAGUAUAUUUGCUUGAACUUGAUAGGCAAGAGAAGAGAACACAGGGAAAUAGUCUUGCUCCAAAUUGGUGGAUUCCCUUCAAGUACAAGUUUAAACAAACACUGGUUGAUGCAAGAGACGGAUCCAUUUUUGGUGCGAUUCUUGAAUGGGACAGAUCUUCUGCACUGUCUGAGCUGAUACCAAUGAGACCAAGUGGUGCCCCCAGAGCAGUCUUAGCACUGAGAGGAACUUUACUGAAAAGCCCUACAAUGAGAAGAGACAUAGAAGAUGACCUCCGUUUUCUCGCUUGGGAAAGCUUGAAGGGUUCUGUGAGGUAUAAAGCAGCUCUGGAGGUACUAAAAUUGAUCUGUGGUAAAUAUGGAAGCAACAAUGUAUGCAUUGCAGGACAUUCAUUGGGAGCUGGUUUUGCUCUUCAAGUUGGGAAGGAACUAGCAAAAGAAGGGAUUUUUGUGGAGGCACAUUUGUUCAAUCCACCUUCUGUUUCACUAGCCAUGAGUUUCAAAAGUAUUGGAGAAAAGGCUGAGUUUGUGUGGAACAGACUUAAAUCCAAGCUUCCUUAUGGUUGUAGUAGUGAUGCUCACAUCAGUAACGAUGCAGACAUAUGUUCAGGUGCAGGAUUGAAGAGUAAGAUGCCUCAAGCAUCUGGUUCUGAUAUGGCAAAAUGGGUUCCUUAUUUGUAUGUUAACAAUGGUGACUAUAUAUGUUGCUACUACAAUGAUGGUGGUGGCACAAAGGGAGAAGUUGCAGCAAAGGUGUUUGUUGUGUCUAAGGAGAAACAGAGGUUUGUUGAGGCUCAUGGCUUGGAACAAUGGUGGUCAAGUGAUGCAGAACUUCACCAGGUUAUCCAUAGCAGCAAGCUCAUUACCAGACAGCUUAGAUCUUUAUACACUGCUACUCCUUCUCAAUUGCAUUCAUAACAAUAGGGGGGUCAAAUGUAAUUUAACGUAAAAUCAAAUCAAAUCAAACAACUAAUUUAAGUUUUGGCUCUUCUGAUAAAAUAUAAAACUAAUCAUGAUUAGUUCUAAAAUCUUUUUCUCGAGAGUUGUUUUCUCUCUAUACAUGUUUUCAAGG